AAUGUCAGUUAUGUCCCUUGCUCAAUCGAACAGACGCGUGUGAAACAGCAGUCUUCUUUGUUUUGAUGAUUUUGAACGUCUUUUCUCUCGAUCUCUGCUCUCAACAGAGUUUCUGACAUUAGAUUUCGGUGGACCAAUCUAUCUUAAUGUCUUCUCUGAACCCUUCCCCCGCCCACUCCCUCUCUCUCAUGGCGAUCGCUGUUGCUUCUUCCUUCUCCGUCGGUCCUUCGCAGUGUCAUUUAUGUCAAGUAGAAGGGGCUUAUUACUCACCUUUACAUGGGGUCAGAAGCAGUUGGAUCAAACCUACAUUUUCUGAUGGUUGUAAAGCUACUGACUUGUCUGGCAUAAGUUUCAGAUGCAGGAAUCCAUUUUUGGGAUCAACACAAUUUCAUUGGUUUUCUGAGGGACGUGCCCUUUGCGCUUCAAAAGUUUCAGUUGCUGCAGAUUAUUCUGAUUCUGUUCCGGAUUCAUCUAGUUAUGCAAGUAACCAAGGUUAUCAUCCUCUUGAAGAACUGAAAGUUUGCAAAAGGAUCCGAGAAACAAAAUUAUCAUCAGCUGAAAUAGCAAGGACGACUGUCGAGGCUAACAGCAGUGCUUUGCUAGUCUUUCCUGGGGCAGUACAUUCUGAACCUCAUGAGCAGAUUUCGUGGGCUGAAUUUCAAUAUGUUGUUGAUGAUUAUGGAGAUAUUUUUUUUGAAAUUUUUGAUGAUGAGAACAUCUUACAAGAUCGUGGAGCAAGUAACCUUGUGAAUGCUGUGAUUGGGAUGGACAUCCCCAUGCAUGAGAAUAUUAGGGUAGUUGAUGACUAUAAUAUUUCAGACAUUGGAAAGGAUGAUGAAAUUCCUUUUGAUGAUGAUUAUUUUGAGGUCAUGGAUUCUGAAUUAUCUGAGGCUCCAGUUGAUUGGGGGAUGCCAGACACUGCCACUACCAGCUGGGUUCAUCCUAUUUAUUUUGCCAAGUGCUUGACAAAGGCUGUUCAUGUGGAACAUGACAGAAAAAUGGACCACCCCUCAAAUGGUGUUUCUAUUGUGGGAUGCCUCAGGCCAGCUUUUGCUGAUGAAGAAUCAUAUCUAAGAAGGCUAUUCCAUUUUGAAGAUAAUGAUGGAUACACCUCAGACUGGAAAGAUGGCGAAACUUCCAAAUCUAGUUCCAAAUAUGGUGGAUGUAAAAGUGGCUCGACUCUUUAUCGAUUGGAUAUAAUGAGAAUGGAAUUAUUUUCUGUAUAUGGUGUUCAGUCCUUAAUUAGCAUGCAAGAUUUUCAAGAUGCUGAGCCUGAUGUCCUUGCACACUCUACUUCAGCAAUUUUGGAGCGUUUUAGUGAGAAGGGAAUCAGGUGCAAUGUUGCUCUAAAAGCCCUAUGCAAGAAGAAGGGUCUCCAAGCAGAGGGAGCUAAUUUGAUUGGAGUUGAUAGUCUUGGCAUUGAUGUAAGAAUUUUCUCUGGAGUGGAAGUAUGGACUCAUCGUUUUCCAUUUAAAGUUCGGGCUAUGUCUGAAACUGCAGCUGAAAAGCAGAUCCAACAACUGCUGUUCCCCAAGUCUCGCCGAAAGAAAUUCAGGACUCAUGGAGAUGGGCUUAGGGAGCGAGGCUCUUUUUAGUUUUCCCUUUGUAAUCAAUCCAGUAACUCUGGUCAAGGACUGUCCAAGACUUCUAAGGUUCUUUUAACCUGUGUUUUUGCAACUUUGAUUCAAAAGAGAAUAGGCUUAGGUUUUCGAAAUUCCUUCUACCUAGUCAGUUGGAGCUGAUUCCAAUGCAGUUAUGGGCACUAUUGGUCAUGGAAGAACUUGGUCAAUUUUGGUGCUGUCCGGGGCAGAUUGGCCAGGAGCCUCACUAUAUUAUUCCACAGAUCCUACAAUAGUGGCUGAGCUGUUUGCAACCCGAGCAUUGGCACCAUAUGAUGAAGCAGAAAAGGAAACUCUUCCUGGAUGUAGGUGAGCUGUUAAACAGAAAAUAUAACUUUUGCUGAGGUUCAUCCGAAGCUUAUGGAUUGCUAGUAUGAUGUUAGCUUGAUGUAGUAAUAAAUCGGUGGCUAAAUGUGGCAUCUUUUAUAUAUUUCCAGUUGAUGCCUGACCCCAAACCUGUACUUUUAGUGGCCAAUUAAAGUAAGAUGAAUAAAACAAGAGAGGUCAUGAUACUCAGCUUUGUAA